AGAGAGCCGAAGGAGGGAGAGAAGGUGUGAGCCCCGGCCUCCCUCCCAGCCCCACACCGUCCAGCCCCAUGGUCCCCGCCGCCGACGCGCUGCUCUGGGCCCUGCUGCUGCUGAGUCUGGGGCCCCGGGCGGCGGCGGGGGCCCAAGGCCUGACCUCGACCGCGACGCAGAGGGACAGUUUCCGCUUUGGAGGCCCUCUGACCCGCACCUACCGGACCACCGCCCGGAGCCGUAUACCCCCGAGGGUAAGGGUGACGAUGGAGGAUGAGGACGACGUCGUGGCCGUGGCCGACCGCCUGGCAGGCCCGGCCGCUGCCGAGCUCCUGGCCUCCACCGUGUCCACAGGUGGCCAGUCGCGUUUGUCGGCAGAAGAGGAUGGGUCUUUGGAAGAAGGGGUUGUGAUUUACGCCAGAAGGAAUGACACCAGCCUGGAGACUCCCAUUACGACUUCCAAUACAGCUGGGGGGCCAACCCCAAUAUUUACAGCCAACGGCCAGGAUCCUGAAAUCAAAAUGAGUUCAAGCCCAUUGCCUUCCACCUGGAAGGCCGCCGCGGACCUGUCGGCCUCCGACAAUACGCUGAACCAGUGGUCAAGAGCAGGGUCCACCCGCAACCGGUGGCCACCACCCUCACCUACAGCCAUGCCAGCUCCUGAGGAUCUGCAACUGGUGCUGAUGCCCUGGGGCCCGUGGCACUGCCACUGCAAGUCCGGAACUAUGAGCCGAACCCGGGCUGGAAAACUACAUGGCCUUUCUGGGCGCUUGCGAGUUGGGGCACUGAGCCAACUCCGCACUGAGCACCGGCCCUGCACCUACCACCAAUGCCCCUGCAACCGCGAUCGGGAGGAGUGCCCCCUGGACAAAGGUCUCUGCCCUGACACCAGCUGCACCACCACUCAGACCACAACCAGAGCCACCACCACUACUACCUUUCCCCCUCUUGUCCCCAGACUCAGACCAACCCCUUUCCCCAGUCCCGGUCCCAGCCCAGCCCUUGCUUUUUGGAAACGGGUCAGGAUUGGGUUGGAGGAUAUUUGGAACAGCCUGUCUUCAGUGUUCACAGAGAUGCAACCAAUAAACAGAAAUCAGAGGUAGUGGCCACUUCAUCUGCAAGAGGAGAUGUCAGCAUUUCAACCACUCCUCUUUCAAUCCCAGCACCCACUGGAUAUUUUUAGUACAGAAAAACAAUACUAGGAAAAAAAUUUUGUUUGGUGUUGUGUCUUUUUCAGAGGUACCUGAGGGGGCAGACACUGUGUUUUGAAUCUUAAAACUGAACAACGUAGCCAGCAGCAUCUGGCUUGGUGCUUCCCUGUCCCCCAGGAUAAAAAUGUUCAUAUUGUUCAUCAUCCUCAUUUCCAAAGUUGUUUUUAAAUAAAUACUUCUUUAAAGACUUG